UUCCUGUUACUUCAAGAACUUUGCAACCAGUUAUAUUGGCUAUACCUCUGAAAGGACAGCACCACAGUUUUGAAAUCAAAGUUAGAGUUACGCGAAGCUUGACUUUCUGUGGAGCACCUGAAGGCAGCUCCAUGGCUCCGCCCCUCUGCCAGACAUGCACGUUACAGUAGUCUCUCAUUUUCUCACCCGUCUCUGUUUAUAUUUCCCUCCAAACCAAGUGAUUUACUUCAGGUGAAUUUUCAGCUCACAGGAGGACAAACAGGACGACAUUAUCACCUCCACUUUUAUCCGCUGGACUCUCUUAAAGGUUUAAAGAGAUGUCAUCUGUUUGGCAUCAGGAGCCGUCAUGUUAUUCGCCCUGUGUAGAAAUCGACUCCAGCUCCGUGAGGACCAAAGAGCGCCUCAGCUCUCCUGCUUGGCUAAAGCAGGAGCAAGACGACCUUCGUAUCAUUAAGUGGGAGAAUUUUCAAACGGGAGCAUCAGCAGAUGCUGUUCAGGACAACACACCCAGCAGUGCCAUGUCUGCUGCUUCCCAAGUAGAGGGUCUUCCCCCGAGGGUGCUGCUGACCAUCACCAAGCUGCAGUGCAUGCUGGAGAGCAAACAAGAACGCAUCGGUGCUCUCGAGAGGCAGGUGGAGGAUUUGAUGCAGGACCGCAAGUUCCUGAGGAGCCAGAUUGAAAACCUCACAAGUAACCGCUCCAUGCCAGCGUUUGCUGCCCCCAGUCCUGUGACUGAAACUCCCAAGCUGAGCAGAGUGCAGCAUUCAGAAAAUAAAUCUCGAAAGAGAGAAAGAGCUUCUUCUAGUUCCUCCACCAGCAGCGACAGCGGCUCUGAGGCAUCCGACUCAUCGGAAGUGUCUGCAGCAUCUAGUGAACACAGACGCAAGAAACACCACAAGGAUAAGAAAAGAUCAAAGAAAGGGAGGGACUACAGCAGGAAACGAGCCACCGGAGUCCAGUACGUCAUUCACCGCUACAAACAAGUCCUGUCCGCUUUCAUCAAGAAGAAAAGCAUGAGCGAAGCGUUCCGCCAUCUUGGAAUCGACCGGAACACCAUCGCCAACACGGCAUCAAUUGCCGAGCUCCACCUGGCGGGUAAAGACAUGGUCUCAUUGGUUGGCAAUUUUCGCCAAGGGGAAGAGACUCUGGUGAGCUACGCCCAAAGGUGCACUUUGGUCAUUGACAGCGACACUGACCUGUCCAGGAAAAUAGACCAGAUGAAAGCCAACGGCGAGCUUCUGCCCAUCUCGGGGAAAAGGUCAAGGUUGUUGCAUUCUCACCUGCCGCAGCUAGGUGGUCCUGCAGAGAGCAUUUUAAUAGGUUGAUGGUUGGUGUGAUAAUAUAUUGAGAUGGUGCAUAAUGCCUUCACAAAAUUCUGUUCUUUGUUUGUUUGUGUGUUUGUUUCAGUCUGAACUGCUGGAUUUGAAUGACUUGCACAGCAUUGUUUUUUCCCCAUUUCUUUAUGCUUGAUGCCUCAAUGGCUCAGGAAUGUUUUUAAUAUUCUCAUUUAUAAUGAAAAAUGUCGGCAACUGCUUUUUAUUGAUGCAAAUAUUUUUUCCUUAUGCAUGUAGUAAUGGAAACGGCCACAAGAUGGCAGUGCUCACAUGCUAAAUUAUGUUUACAGCUUAUAUCCCUUGUCAUUUACUUCAAAAUGGUGGCUGGUUAAUUUCCAUUUUCAAGCCUUUUAAAGAUGUAAAAAAUAUGUUUCAUUAUGUAGAGUUUCAUAUACUACAAGUGAUAUAAAAACUGCCUUUAAAGAAGGAAUUAAAACACUACAGAUUUCACUUAAGUUAUGUUUCUGUUCAUGUCUAAAGAAGUUUGUACCAAGAAGCUCUGACUCCUAUUGUACAUGAUGUUUCAUAGAGGUAUUAAAUCUGUAUUUGCAGGGAGGCAGAAUUAUCUAAACCCAGUUAAAAUAAUGAACCUGACAUAAUCUCAUCAACUGAAAUGCAGCUGGACGUUUUCAAGGUGUUUUCUCGCUCUUGAGGAAUGGGCCGAGCCAGUUUUGUACACAGAUGGGUAAGACAUCCUUGGCCAAUCUUAAGUGUCAGUGUAAAGUGUUGCCAUUGCCUUUCCUGCUGUUUGCUUUUCACAUGGAGUGACAAAUUACUUGUGCAAAGCCAUUACAGGGGCUGCACCCAGGCUGUUUAUCUUUGCAUUGGACUCUGUCACUGUCACUCCCAUUCUCACGCCCGCUAUCUGCUUAUCGUUCACAUCCCUCCUCCCUCCCAGCGUCCUCCCUCUUCUGUUAUGCACAGAUUCAGUCAUUUCCCAUUAUGUGUUGCUGCCUCCAUCUCUUUUUAUCCUUUUCUUUAUGUCUUUUUAUCCCCAUCCAAAGGUUGGACAGCACAGGGAUAUUUCAUGGCAGUGGAGGCAAUCGCGAGCGACCUGAAGUUUCUCUCAGGCUGUGUACAGCCAGAAGGGACAGGUGCAUGCUGGUCUGCUCAGACGCAUAAGGUGGAAAAGGGUGGGUGUAUCUCCUGCCAGCACUCUUCUCUUCCCACCUCCUGAGGCAUGCCAAUGUCACUUCUGCUCUCUCUCAUCACUGAGAUGAGGUGUAAAGGCAGCUUUUCUGCAGAGAGCGAGUAAGGUGCACGAUGUUGUUGAGGUAGAUGACUAUAUCUUUUUUGCCUCCACAGUUGAUCAGCACAUUUCUAAAAAAAGCAAAAAACAGGCCGCAUCAUGCAGCAGCUAAUGCUGCAGAAUGGCAACUGUGAAUUUGGUGCUAAUGACUCGGGGUGACAGAGCUCAGAGCAGAAGAUGGAAAUACGAUGUGGGACUAAUCGAGCCUGAAGCAUUCUCCAUUCCUCCCCCGGCUCUUUGACUCACACUCAUGUGAGGCCAGCUGGGACUCCAUUUUGUGCCUUUUUCUGGUUGCAGGUGCCACGUCACUGCGGAGGCUCCAAGUGCCUGAUGGGUACAAAUUUAAACCCCCGCCUCCUCCCCUGUCCACCUCCAAUAAUCCUGACCUUGACAAAAAGAGCAUCUGGACGUUCUGACAGAGAGUAGCUUGUAAUAACCACCAAUCACAGUCUUAAUGGUGCAAGUAAAAUGUGUUUGAACUGGCGAGUUCAAAUGGGCCGGGGUUAUGUUUUGUUGUUAUAAUGGUGGGGUGUUUCAGAACUGCUGCAUAAUAAAUGCCUCAGACAUGUUAUAUAAAGGAUUACGAGGCUUGUAAUGGAGCUAAAGCACUCAGACGGGUGAAAAUAGGGUUUGAAAACAGCGAGUUUAAUAUCAGUAUCAUAAUUACUGAGAUUAUUGUGAGAUGUUGAGUAACGUAUUGUGCCGGGCCUAUUGUUUGAAGGUCUCAACAGAUUUUAAAUGAUGUGCUAUGAUAAUCUGAUGAAAAUGAGUACCAGCUUGUGCAUAACACCCAGUUCAUGGGUCUUGCAUGUAAAGACUAGUUUUCUCUGUUUGCACCACUUUUAACUUUUGCCAUUGAGACCCUGUUAUGUUUUUAUAAUCCACUCUGUCAUAAGAACAAACAAAAUAUAUCUUGUAUUUAUAUUGAAAGAAAAACCCUAGCAGAUAAACUUUAUUUAAAACCA